UAAAAUUGCAUCAUAUUUGAAAACACUAAAGUUGUUAUCCUAACACCACUAAAGCAUUAUUUUUCAGUUAUGUAGGUUUAUUUAUUAAAUGAAACAUCUGAAGGCGUAAAGGCGGGAUCAGGAUAGGCCAUUUUCCUGUGCGCAGGUACAAUAGAGGAAGAGUAAAACCUCUGAUCAAUGCUCACAGCCAGCCUUUAGUCUCUUUCACAUGUGCAAAAUAUCUGGGGAAUACAAUGAUUGAUGUUCACCGUUCAGUUUUCCGGAGACCAGCCUAUCUCCAGGGCUCGGAAAUACCCCAAAGACCCUCUGACCCAAUUGGGAUCCAGUCCAUGCAUUUCUCAUUACAGCCUCCCGGAUGGUCUCCUCUGUCUUGGUCAUGUGAUUGCCUGCUGUCUGUGCCCAGCCCUGGCCAGCCCCGAGCAAGAGAGGAGCAUCUUUCUCACUUGGGCGGGUACAGAGGAGAUCUGCACCUGUCGAAUGGACUGUCUGCUGCCAAACAGGGACAAACCUAUUCAGGACAAGUGAGACAACGACUCCUACCACGCCAGACAGGCUGCAGGUGGUAAUGGGUACACUUCGGGACCUCCAAUUUGCCCUCCAACUUAAGAUUGAGGAGCUUCGCCAGAGGGACACACUAAUAGACGAGUUAGAGCUGGAGUUGGACACAAAGGAUGAAUUAAUUCGGAGACUGCAGGAAGAACUGGAUCGCUACAGGGCCACCGUCUCGCUCCCAGGAACCUCUGCAGCCAGUGCAGCUUGCUCAGCUCAAAUUGAGGACAAGCAGAGAACCAAAAGGAAAACAGUCAUUUCUGAGCCCUUCACUCUGGACCCAGUGACUCUAGCCAUGGUUUCACACAGAAGCUGUGACAAAAGCGAGGAGUCUCAGAGGCUGAUUCAGGCAGCGUUUUUGAAAAAUGACUUGUUGAAGAACCUUGACGAAGGAGAAAUCACAGCCAUCAUAGCUUGUAUGUAUCCCACCCCCAUCAAUCAAGGCUGCUAUGUUAUUCAGGAGGGGACCAACGGGGCUCAGGCUUAUGUUUUAGAAGAAGGGAGGCUGGAUGUAAGAAAAGACGGAUUGAAGCUUCUCACAAUUGAGCCAGAAGACAUGUUUGGAGAGCUGGCUCUCCUCUACAACUGCACCCACACCUACUCUGUCUCAGCACAAACGGACAGCAAGCUGUGGGUUAUUGACCGCAAGAGCUAUCAAACCAUACUUAUGCAGAGUGGUCUCAACAGCCUUUCUCAUUCAGUGGAGCUGCUUAGCAGCGUUCCCUUUCUGCAGUCGUUGCCAGAGGAUGUCAUCAUGAAAAUGUCCGAUCUCAUGGAGGAGACACACUACUCUGAAGGUGACUACAUCAUUCGACAAGGGGCCACAGGAGACACCUUUUAUAUCAUUAGCAAAGGCCAGGUAAAAGUGACAGAAAAGAAGGCAGGCCUUGAAGAGCAGAUAGUCCUCUCUAAGCUCUCUGAGAGACAAUGGUUUGGAGAAAAAGCUCUGUGGGGAGAAGAUGUUCGGGCUGCGAAUGUAAUUGCGGCCGGUGACGUCACAUGCUUGGUCAUAGACAGAGAGACCUUCAAAGACAUCAUUGGUGGGUUGGUAUUUGACUGCAGUCAGGAGCUGCAGCAAUGCCAUGAAUCCAAAAGCGAGUCAGACAAGGAUCCUGACCUCCACUCAUCUUCCACCUUAAGUGAUUUCCAAAUUAUCUGCACUCUAGCAGUUGGGGAGUUUGGUCACGUAGACCUGGUGCAGUUUAAGAGCAACAUAAAGUGUUUUUUUGCCAUGAGGGUCCUUAAGAAGAAGCUGAUCCUCAACAACGGUCAACGAGAGCACAUCCUAAGAGAAGGGCGUAUCCUAAUGGAGAUUCAUUGCACUUUCAUAGUCAGGCUACAUAAAACCUUUAGAGAUCCUGACUGCCUGUACAUUUUGACAGAAGCUUGUCUUGGUGGUGAUUUAAAUAGUCUGCUCAAAGAUAAAGGAUAUUUGGACGAAUGCAGCACCAGGUUCUACACAGCUUGUGUUGUCGAGGCCUUGAGCUUUCUCCACUGUCGAGGUGUCAUCUAUAGGGACGUCAAGCCUGAAAAUGUGGUCCUGGAUGAGCGUGGUUAUGCCAAACUGAUUGGCUCCAGAUGUCUAAAGAGGGUUGAGAUGGGUAAGAAAACCUGGACAUUCUGCGGUACACUGGGCUAUAUGGCCCCUGAAAUCAUCUUAAACAAAGGCCACAGUGUAUCUGCAGACUUCUGGUCACUGGGCAUUUUUGUGUUCGAACUUCUGAGUGAUGGGCUCCCAUUCAGCGGCUCUGAUCCAAUAAAGAUUCUCUCUGCAACCAUUCGUGGCAUUGAUCACAUCGACUUCCCAAAAACCAUCAGCAAAAGUGCCUCCAGUCUCAUAAAGAAGCUGUGCAGGAGCAAUCCCUCGGAGAGACUGGGCAGUCAGAGAAAUGGGGUCAAGGACAUUCAGAAGCACAAAUGGUUUGAAGGAUUCAACUGGGACGGACUUUGUAAAGGCACAUUAAACCCUCCAGUUAUUCCCAAAGUAAAGCAUCCUUCGGACAGCGGUACAAGUGCUCAUUACACCCGGGGCCCAGUGGAGCUGUGCACAAACUGGGAGGAUUUCUGAAGGAUCAGCUGGGAAAUUUAAAACAAAAAGCAACAACCUGUCAGACAAUUCACAAUCACUUUCAGGGUUAGUCCUCAUUAAACUGCCCUCAGUCUUACUGCCAUCAAGAAUUAAUUAUAUUUUCAGACAAAAAAUAUUUUCCACAGUAUCAGUAACUGCAGAUAUUGUUUGAUAAAUGAACCAUGCUGCCUACUGUGAUGAGCUCAGACUGUUUUUUUGAUGUAAAAUGUCUUUAGAUUUAUAUACUUAAGAGUUAGGUGAUGUCUCGGCUGUUGAAUGUAACUCAAUAAAACAAAUAGGCUGCACCACAGGGUGUCUUCUUUCCUCUGAAAUC